CCGUGGCGCUGUGCUCCCCCCCUUUAAGCCCCGCCCCCGAUGCGCGGAGCGGCGGCGCGUUGGAGUUGGUCCCGCAGUCUCAUAGUCCCGUAGUCCGGUACCGGGAUGGACGCGCUGCGCUCGGCGGGUCGCGCUCUGCUGCGCAGCCCCAGCGCCACCAAACCGCCCUGGGCCGCCGGCCGCCAUCACAAGCUCCCGGAGAACUGGACCGAUACCCGAGAGACGCUGCUGGAAGGGGUGCUGUUCAGCCUCAAGUACCUGGGCAUGACGCUGGUGGAGCAGCCGAAGGGUGAGGAGCUGUCUGCUGCUGCUGUCAAAAGGAUCGUGGCCACCGCAAAAGCAAGUGGAAAGAAACUGCAGAAAGUUACACUGAAAGUGUCGCCCAGAGGGAUUGUGCUAAAUGACAGUGGAACUAACGAGCUGAUUGAGAACGUCUCCAUAUACAGGAUAUCCUACUGCACGGCAGACAAGAUCCACGAUAAAGUGUUUGCCUACAUUGCCCAGAACCAGCUCAAUGAGAACCUGGAGUGCCAUGCCUUCCUUUGUACCAAACGGAAAAUGGCCCAGGCAGUCACCCUCACUGUAGCUCAGGCAUUCAAAAUAGCAUUUGAGUUCUGGCAAGCCUCCAAGGAAGAGAAGGAGAAACGGGAAAGGUCCAUCUUGGAAGGAGAAGGGGUGAGCAGCCCAAACUCAGCUGCCCCUGCUUGCCCUGAUGCACCUGCAGCCACAGGGAACUUGGUGGAUUUAGAAGAUCCUGCCAAAUUGCUCCUCACCAGCAGUGAAAACCCCACACAUUUAGAUAACAGCAUGUUUGGGCCCAGCUCCUCUGUAAAUAACAACGUGGUGUGGGAAAUGGAUGAUGAUCUCGACGAGGCAUUUUCAAGGCUUGCUCAGUCAAGAACAAACCCUUACGUUCUCGACACAGGACUGACGGCUCAAGACAUCCAGAGUGCAGAAAUGCUCUCGUCUGUAGAUUGGAAUAAAAUAGAUUCAAAUACAGGCGAGAAAGAUGACCUGUUCAUGUUCUGAAGUCAGAUUCAUCUAACAGCUGUUAACAGAAUAACCACUAAAAGUCUGUGGACUAAAUCGUGCUCUUCCAGGUGCUGUAUACAAGGGAUUCUUCUGAGGGGUCUUCACCAAGUCAGAUGAAGUUACAGCACAGCUUAGACCAAAGUUUUAGACAUCUAACGUGGAUUGUUUUUUACCUUACUUUUAUCUAAACUAUGAGAUGCUCCUGAAGGUAUUUAUUCAUAGCUGUUACCGUUUACAUAUAUUACUGAAAGGCGUGUAGAGCAUCUGCAGUAUCAGGUGGCAAUAUGCCAUCAGUAGUGCCUGCUCCUCCCUGACAAAUACUAUGCAACACCAAAGCAUACAUAUUGUAUACACAUUUCUAGACAAAGGUCUGCAGAUGGAAAUGCAGAUGAAAGCACAACCACUGAUUCUUGAACAACAUGACACCUGCCUAGGCUGAGGGGAGGAGAGUUGCAGCAGCUGCUAUCAGUGCUGAAAGAGGUAGCACAGAUCUUGCUUUUGUUGUGAAUGUGAUACUCUCAGUUGUCAAUCACCCGUACAUGUUCUGGCUUUUCCUUUGCCAGCUUCUUGAGUGAAUUGACACUUCUUAUCCAAAGACUGUAUAAGUUUUGCACUUUAAAACUUGAGCUGAAAGUAAUGGUCCAAAAUGGCAAAGUAAGCAGUGCCUGUAACUUCUCUUCAGAAGCUCCUUCCCUCCCCACCCCCAAAAAGAAACCGUGGUGCUGCAGCUGUAUCAAAACUGACUGCUCACAUUCGUUGUUUCUGUUAUGACUUGAAAUACCAAGGCUCAGUUGCAUGGUCGGUUUAAAAGCAAAAAACAGCAGGCAGUAAUAAUCUGUUUUUCUAAAGUGCGUUGGAAGUUGCAGGUUGUGUAGCACAAUAGAUCUGUGUUCUGAGCUGUGCUAAGUGGAUUUGGCUGUGCAUGCCUUUUGACAGUCUCAGAAACAUUUGGUAGUUGCCUGCUCAAUAGACUCGAAAGGAAUUGGAUUAGGUAAGACCAAUACCUGUAUGUUUAAUGAGCAGAAGGUGCCCCUGUCAGUGGUGCUCCACUCCUUCCUCCAACAGCUGUAUCUCCCAUGAGGCUUGGGAAGCUGUUUUCAUCUGCUCCUGGAAUUUAAACAAAGUAAUGGAGGUAUAAAGCUUAUGCCAAUUAAAAGAUUAAGUUUAAUGAUUCUUAAUAGUCGCACUGACAGUUUGCAGUGUUUGUGGCCUUCUGUGAAGUAUACUAAGCUGUUUUAUAGAUUUGUAACUCGGAACUUUGUUUUGAAACACUAAUUCAUUCCCCAGACAGCUCUUUGUAACUCCUAAGGCUGCUUGCAAACAAACAAACAAAGAUCUUGGUCAGCUAUAGGAAUUUCUUAGGAAACAGCUCAAUGGCACUGAGAUCUGAUUUUUUUGCCUGUUACCCCGAUGAGGUGUUGAUGACUUGUGAAGCCAACUCAUCACAUCUCUUAAUAACGUUGCAGAUAAACAGGCAACAAGGUCUGUGUUCAGAGCAGUCCUCAAAGCACUGUGCCCCUGACUUGAUAUCACGUGGAGCAUCAGUCUCUUGUGAUUGAGGGAGUUACUCCAAGUCUGCCCUUUCUGCAGAGCUAGGGAUGUGGACCCAUUGCAGAAGCAAUGCUAAGAGAACAGAAGUGGUAGCAAACGAGUUGUGCUGAGCUCUGGGGAGUGCUCAUCUCGCUAAGAAGGAAAUGGUGUUGCAGGAAUGGACUGUGGGGCUUUCUCUGUACGACGAUAUUCUUUUAUUUUCUAGAGUUUCGAGGAGCAUACGCUGAUAUACACAGUGCUAUAUAUGUAUGUAGAUAUUUUUUAAGAAAAAAAAAAGAAUGUAUGGAGAAAAAUAAAAGCUCUACCUUUUUUUAUUAUUACUAUUAUUA